ACUAUUCUGCUGAGCAGUGAGAAUGGAGAAACCCCGAGGCUCGCUGUCUGUCCCUCACCUUACCAUCUGAGGAAUCAAAGAAUCUUUUUUGCCCGAAGACAAAGAAGAUUAAAAAAAAUAAAAAUAGGAAACAGAAGGAGGAGGAGGAAGAGGAAGAAGAAGAAGAAGAAGAAGUAGCAGCAGCAGCUGAAGCUGGUUCUACUAGGUCUUGCCUCUUGAUUCUUGCGUAGGACAGGUACAAACGUGACGUGUCUCCUCUGAUGUCGAUCUCCUAUUCGAGCAACUUGAAAUAGAAAGUACACGGCAUGAGUAUGGUAGUAGUAAGGACAUGCUUGAGCCAAGGGAAGCUGAUAUACCAAUCUUGUUCCUGGUCUUGGUUGUGCUCCCGGUGGUCUUGUACAUAUUACUUGGAAAAUGGAGUGAUGCCGCGAAGAAGAAAGAGAGGGUGAAUCUGCUCGCUCAGCUUGCUGCUGAGGAGGCUUUGAGGGUGGAGACAAUGGCUGUUGCAGCCACUGUUGUCCCUCACGUGGUCCCUCCAAAACCAAAAAGUAGUCUUCAUGAGUGCGCACAAUGCCUCAGUCCCGCAACUACUCGGUGCUCGAGAUGCAAGUCUGUUAGAUAUUGUUCCGGGAAGUGCCAAAUAAUUCACUGGAGGCAGGUUCAUCAGCACGAAUGUCAGCCACUUGAUUCUAACUCAGAGGAUAGUAUGGAUUAUCAGUCACAUGGUUGCAAUUUCCAGGAGGCUACGGUAGAAAAGCUCCCUUCAGAAAAUCAUCUUGCAUCAUAUGUCUCAGAUGAAGCUUCCCAGGCCCAUGUGCCUGCGAGAAGACCCAGAGAGAAGCGAAUUUCCCGUAAGUGCAACCGGGAAAUGUUGAGAAAAGAAGAUGGUGUCGUCUCAGUUGGUUUUGAAGAAGCCCGUGGGAAUGUUGGUUCGACCGAUAAUAUAAUGUCUCCUAAUGCUUGUGCCCAGAAAGAGAUUUUAACAAAGCAUAAGAUCAUGCAGAAUAAGGAGGCAAGGGUGCUUGAAGAAGGAACUCCUAGGAAGAGCAAAGUCAGAAACUCGAGCACAUAUAUCAAUGGAAAUGCAACUUCAGUGGAUGCAAUUCAUGAAAAUCAUAAGUGUGAGACCCAACAAGAUAGUUCCUGCUCUUCAUCAGGAACCCAGAAAAACAUUCAUCAGACUCCACCUCCCCCUUAUAUAAAACCAGAUUAUGGAAGUUCCGUUCAGUCAGGAGGGGCUGCUAGUGGUAUAAAAUCCGGCACGAGAAUCUCAAAGAAACAGUCUGGAAAAGCAUCUCAAGAGCAGGGAUGCAUUGAAGUUGAUAAGAGGGCACAAGCUGUGGAAGGAAGUAAUGCGAUUGCUAAUAUGGGAAUUAUGAAGAUGAUGGGAUUAAGGAAGUCAGUGAAGGUUGUGAGGCAGGACGCUUGGGAACUAAAUGGCGAGGGACAAAAGAAAACGAAGAUGUUGUUUCCUUAUGAAGAAUUUGUGAAGUUCUUUCAAUAUGAGGUCUUUGACUUGUUGCCGAGGGGCCUCAUCAAUUGUGGAAACAGCUGCUAUGCUAAUGCUGUGUUGCAGUGCCUGACAUGCACGAGGCCUCUCACCAUCUAUUUGCUCCGUCGAUCUCAUUCCAGGGCCUGUUGUGGGAAGGACUGGUGUCUUAUGUGUGAACUUGAGCAGCACGUGACGAUGCUAAGAGAAACUGGUGCACCACUCUCCCCUAGUCGAAUUCUCUCGCACAUGCGAAGCAUAAACCGCCAGAUUGGUGACGGCAGUCAGGAAGAUGCCCAUGAAUUUUUGAGGCUUCUUGUAGCAUCAAUGCAAUCUAUAUGCUUGGAGGGGCUGGGUGGUGAGAGGAAGGUUGACCCAAAACUGCAAGAGACGACCUUUAUACAACACACCUUUGGUGGGCGCUUGAGAUCGAGGGUGAAGUGUUUGACAUGCCAUCAUGAGUCGGAACGGUAUGAGAACAUUAUGGAUCUCACAUUGGAGAUAUAUGGUUGGGUGGAAUCGCUGGAAGAUGCUUUAACGCAGUUUACAACUCCUGAGGAUUUGGAUGGAGAAAACAUGUAUAGAUGUGGAAGGUGUGCUACUUAUGUUCAAGCCAGAAAGCAGUUGAGCGUACAUGAGGCCCCGAACAUCCUCACCAUUGUCUUGAAAAGAUUUCAGGAAGGAAGAUACGGGAAAAUAAACAAGUGCAUAACAUUUCCCGAAAUGCUGGAUAUGAUCCCAUACAUGACCGGAACUGGAGAUAUGCCUCCGCUCUACUUGCUUUAUGCCGUGGUCGUCCAUCUUGACACAUUGAAUGCAUCCUUUUCGGGCCAUUAUGUAUGUUAUGUUAGAAACUUGCAAGGCAGUUGGUACAGGAUAGAUGACACUGAGGUCCAGCCUGUCCUGAUGAGCCAGGUGAUGUCAGAAGGAGCAUAUAUCUUAUUUUACAUGCGGUCCAGCCCACGCCCGCACAAGGCUUAUCUCGGGAAAUCUGAAAGGGAGACUGAUCCUGGCUCUUUGAGGCACUGUGCCCUGAGAAGUCAAAAGCAUUCGAGGCCCAGACAGAGCAAGUCGAGUGACCACCUUGUAGUCCCACCAGAGCCAUUCUCGCACUCGACCAAGCUCGCCUCUAAUGGCGUAGUCCGGGUGACUGAGAAUGGUAAUAUCUGGCCCGUAGUCGAGAAAUACAGUGAGUUCUCAGACGCCACAUCGAGCGAUUGGUCCCUCUUCACGAGCUCCGACGAUGCUUCUUUCACCACUGAGAGCACGAGGGACUCUUUCAGCACGGCGGACUACUCGGACAACGGAAAUGGUGACCUGAUCUCCUCGAUAUUCAGCAACCUGUAUGGCCAAGAUUACUCGCCAAGGAACACGGUCUCGUGCAGGUUGUUCUCGAAUAGCGGGGCCCAGACGAGGUUCGCCUCGGAAGAAAAGGGAUAUGUGCUGGAUUCUUACUUGUCGGCUCAACACAACCACAGACGAAGAGGGCUUGGUACCGAUCGAACUUCUAGUCACUGUAAAUCGACUUCGUAGAUUAGAUCAUCUUAGGCAGGUUUAGAUAUGAAUGCCCCUGAUUUCUUUUUUCUUCGAUUUUCGAUUUCAAUUCUCUGUUGAAUGGGGUAAUGUAGCUUAGCUCAGUAGCUGAUUCAAACUUGCUCUUCUAUUCUUCUUGUCUAAUUAUCAUUAUUGGAAACAUGAGGAUGUUUUGGCCCCUCAAGUCAUCAGUGGUUGCUCAGCUGAGUAGUUUGUAAUUGUAAAAUGAAAAUUAUGAAGGUUUCUCUUUUUAUAUUUUAUACUAAAUGGUCCCCUAAAUUGUA